AUGCCCGAUACACUGGAGAUUAUUUUGAAGAAGAUGUUCCUGCUCCUUCAGGACGGACAGGAGGAGGACUGUGAUGGCCUCCCUGAGGACUCCUGCAUCCUUCUCUUGGCGAUGCUGGCCUGCAAGGAUUGGAAGAAUGAGAAUUUUGGGACAAAAUACAACAUCUGGAGGAUUCUGAGGCACUCAAGCCUGGUGACACUCUCGCUGGUAUUCAGAGCCCUCCUGAGGCUGUCGAAGAGAGCUGAGAUGGUACUUGCACAGUAUCUCCCACCAGAAAAGAAGACACAUGUCGUCCUCAUGGCCAUCGAGGCGAUGACAGAUUUAUGCCCCUUUCAGAGGGAGGGAGCAAGACUCAUGCAGAAUGUCAUCACAAAAGCCCCUGCCUUCUGGCUGGUGGAGGUGCACGAGGUCAUCACCUGCAUCUAUGUAAAUAUGGGACACCUCAACACAGCGCCAGCGCCAGAGAUUGUGAACUCGCUUCUCUUCCUGAUGACCAAACACUACCCCAAGGAAGUGGCCAUGAUGUUAGUGAAGAUGUUUCCACUGACUGACAGGUCUACCCUGCCACUCUGGGAGCUCAUAUUCUCCAUGCCCGAGACACUGGAGGAGCUUUUGAAGGGUGUGUCCCUGCUCCUGCAGGACAGACAGGAGAAGGACUGUGAUGCCCUCCCAGAGGACUCCUACAUCCUUCUCUUGGCAGUGCUGGCCUUCAAGGACUGGGAAAAUGAGGCUAUUGCAGCAACGUACAGCAUCUGGUGGAGCCUGAAGCACUCGAACUCAGUGAUGCUCUCGCUGUUGCUCAGGGCCCUUCUGAAGCUGUCGGAGAGAGCCGAGAUGGUACUUGCACGGUAUCUCCGACUGCCUGAGAACACAGAAGACAUCCUGGUGGCCAUUGAGGCAAUGGGAAACUCCCGUGUCUUUCAGAAGGAGGUGAUAAGACUCAUGUGGAAUGUGUUCCUGCGCAAACCUGCCUUCUGGCGGGCGGAGAUACCAAACAUCAUGACGUACAUCUAUGAAAGCCUGGAACACCUCAACUCAAGGUCAGACCGGGAGAUUGUGGGGUCGCUGCUUUUCUGCAUGAUCAAGCACUACCCCACAGAAGUCGCCACGACUUUGUGGAGGAGGUUUCCACCAACUGACAGGUCUGCCCUGCCACUCUGGGAGCUCAUGUUCUCCAUGCCCGAGACACUGGAGGAGCUUUUGAAGAGGCUGUCCCUGCUCCUGCAGGACAAACAGGAGAAGGACUGUGAUGCCCUCCCUGAGGACUCCUGCAUCCUUCUCUUGGCGAUGCUGGCCUUCGAGGAUUGUGACAAUGAGGAUAUUGUGGCAAAGUACAAUAUCUGGAGGAUUCUGAAGCACUCGAACCCAGUGAUGCUCUCGCUGGUGCUCAGGGCCCUUCUGACACUGUUGGAUAGAGCCAAGAUGGCACGAAAAAUGCUGGGCCUCCUCCCAUACGUGAUGGAAGUCAUCAAUGAUGGCAAUAGCGACAUCGUGUUGAAGGCCCUGCAGGCCAUUUUUAGAGUGAUGGGUUACCUGAAGAACGAAGUGAGACCUCUUGCUGUGCAGCUGACAGAAAAGCUCCUGCCUGUCUUUAAUCAUGAGUCCUGGAAGGUGAGAGAGAUCUCCAUCAUCCUCUUCAGAGACCAGAUGAAGAGCGUGGUGUGCAGAAACAAGAAACAGAUGAAGAACUAUGUGCGAAUGGCCCUUCUCCCGCUCUUCUUUCAUUUGAACGACGAAACAGAGAGGGUGGCCAAGGCAUCCGAGGAAGCGCUCCUGGCUGCAGCAGAGUUCCUCAGAUGGGCGCAGCUCAAACAUCUCAUCCAGACGCAGCAGACAUGGGCUAUUGCGGAAUGCUUGCUGGCAGAGCACAGGAGCAAGGCUGAGGAAUACUUAGAUCAGAGUGUGCCAUACCUGAAGGAUGCUCAGAAAGACUUGCGCUUGGCAGCCAUGAGGUUCAUCGGGCUUGCUGCACAACACCUGAGGAGCCAAAGCCCAGAGAAGACGUCAAGGAUCUGCUGCGUCCUUGAGCCCAUGACAGAAGACAGCGACAUCGCAGUCCGUUCCCUGGCUACACAGACCAUCGUCAUCGUGAGCCAUCCAAGGCAGCAGUCAAGAGCCUGGCGCAUUCUGGAAGCGCUGUGUUUCUGGGGCCUCUGA